AUGGCGCGUAACGAAGAAAAACAUGCCGGAAGACUGAAUAGGUUGUGGCUGCAGCGUUUAGACGAAGAAAAUGCCCAGAAGAAUCCUCCUCGUCCUGGUCUAGGUUCCUUACAUACUGCAGAACAAGUGAAGAAAUGGAUGCCAAGUAUUAAAAAAGACAUUGAUUUUUACUUAAAGCAAUCACAGGUUGGCUGUUAUCCAGAGAGGAAGAUUGCCGAGUUCUCAGAGAAGAUUGAAGGUCUAACAAAGGAGUACAAAGCUUACCUGAGGAAGUACAGAGAACUUGAGGGAGACAGGGACAGUACACCUUGGUCUGAUAAACCAUAUAGUAGAAAGCAUAAAACUACAAAAGAACCAGCUAUAGACUGUGAUGAUCUUGAAGAACCCCUACAGAAGUUGGCAAGAAAUUCAGAGGCUCCACAGAACUCAGAAAAGACAACAUUUGUCCCGAUAUCACUUCCUGUUCUUGAGAAAGAUAUCUGUAAUGCAGAUAUUUAUACUUACAACAUUGUGAACACUGAAGUACCUGCAGUUAGUGAUCUGGAUGCUGAUACUAGAGAUAAACCAUUAGAGUUUAAUUGGAACAAAAACAUGAAAGCUUUGGAAUAUCAUUCUGAAGUGGAAAAAGAUUGUCUCAGUGAUCAAUUGCAAAAUGAACCUCUAAACUUUCAGUGGAGAAAGAAUGACUCAAGUGGUUGUUCCAGGUGUUCAGAUAAGUGUUCCAAGUGUCCAGAUGAGUGUUUUAAGAGUUCAAGUGGCUGUUUAAAGCAUUCUAGUGAAGGUUCAGAUAGUUUGAAAAAAUGUCCAAAGAAUUUGUAUGAAUUUCCUAAAGAAUUGUGUAAAUGUUCCAAGAAUCUAUGUACAUGUUGUAAGAAUUUAUGUAGAUGCACAAAUUGUGAUGGCUGUAGAAAGACUAUAAAUGAUAAUUUAUUAAAUGAGAGGGAAGUUAAUUUUUCAAAUUCUGGUAUGCACCAGACAAAGUCUAGAGAGACGUUUGCAGAAAAUAUAAAUGUUUUGGACAGCACCAGUACAUAUGUGCCAGGAAGUGCGACAAAGGACAAAGUUGUGAAUAAAGAUAUUGGGAAUGUCCUUAAUUUGCCUUAUUCUGAUUCAUCCAGUGAUGAAGACAACGGGAAGUGAUAUAUACAAGAUAUCUUGAAAUCACUUUGAAAUAGAAUGAAUUAGUGACAUAUAACAAUGUUUCACCUGUAACUGGCACUGAAAUAGGAUGAUUGAGGGACAUCUGUCAUUGGCACUAACUAUGUUUGCAUCUAGAAUUAUAUGCAAGUGAAUUGUGUCUCAGUGAUUUAUACAUCAGCCUUCCUACAGAAUAUUUCUGUGAUUUCCUGAUACAAGACAAUGGUAGCAGAGACCUGAUGGUAUAUGAGAGGAUGUAUUUUGGCCUCCAAUCUUUGGUAAACACCCAUGAAUGUUUCAACAACCUGGUUAUAUUGAGAAUGUGUCACUGAGACUGUCAGAGGUUCUUGCUGAUAUUGGAGUGAAUAAGAGGAAUGUGCUGAAGAGAAGAAGAGCAUUACCACUAUGUAUACAUUAUCAUGCCAAAUAAAAGAUGUGAAUGGUUUAGUAUACAUUUCAGGCAGUAAGUCAGAGGGUACAACUACACUGAGACUCAAUUCAGACACUGGCAUACUAUUCUGUAUAAUGAAUUUCAUAUUAUACAGGAAUGAUGUGAAUUGGAAUCUGUUGUACGUAAUUACUUGAUGAUCCAGGAUGAGACUUUAUCAUCUGGUGUCUGUCUCCUUCAGUGCUCUUGUUUCUGACAAUAAUGUAACUAAUGAACAUCACUUCAGAAGCAGGAAGGAUACUGUUCUGGAUUCAGCAGCUGCUGAACAUCUUCAAGGAGUGAAUAUAAUUAAACACAAUUAUGUCAGAAACUGGAGAAAAAAAAUUAGGAGGCAUACCCUUACCCAGGCAAGAACAUUGGAGAAAAAGAAUAACUACAGCAUCCUGUCAGUGUGAAUGAAUAAAUUGUGUUCUUCAUGAACUACGACAUGAAAUGUUCAGAACUACACAAGAGGACAUAGCUUUCAGAGACUGAGGUGAUAACUAGAUGGACUGGGCUGUUUUGUAUUCUCUCCCUUGCCUCUGCUUUCUGCACUACAACACCUACAGCUUUUUUGGAGGCAUGAAAAUAAACAAGUGGCACUUCCUAACUGACCAGGAACAAAACCAUGGAUAGAGGGAAACAACCCUGAACUUACUUGGUAAGUGUGUAUGGAACAAAAGGAUGGAACGAUUGACGCUUAAGGAAGUUACUUAUUGUCCAAAGGAAAAGAAACAAUACUUCUAAGUUUUACAUCUGUAGACUUUUAUCUGUUAUAGUGAAUAACAAUGAUUCUUGAAUAAACAGAUCCUUUCAACACUGAAAAUUAUAGAAAUAUUUCUGUAUUAAGGAGUACUAAGUUACCAUAAAAAAUCUCCUUUUUGGCUCGACUAAAAGAGGUAUGGAGAGCUGUCCUGCUCGACCCGAUGUUGGUGUUAGCGUCUUUCCAGGUCUGCACUUUGGUUUAAGGUUUGAUGAUCUCUGUAAUUACUUGAUGGAUUUGUUUCAAACUUAAAAUAGUUAUUCCUCAUCAUCACCCACAUCAAAUGGCACAGGGGUGGCUGUCUUCUUCAUUAAUCAUUAUUUUAAAUGAAACACUGACACUCCUGUGCGAUAGUGUUGCAUAUUAUAAACAAUAAACUUAGCUUUGACAAAAAUAAUAACUCCAUGUAUAAACAUCGGACAUUGAAUAAAAUCAAUUGCAAACAAAGCUAUCCGUCAAAAAAUGUUUACCCCACCCACUUGAAAGAAACCUACGUUUGUAGGCAUGCCGGACCGAACAUUAAAUAUGAAAUAAACAGGAAUCUUGCUUCCUUCCAAGAUGUAUAAAAUUUAUUUAUUUUUAUAGCUCUUUGCUUCCUUUUAUCAAUGUGCAGCUGUUGAUAUAUUUUUCUUGUAUCCAGUCUGUUCUACAUUGCUUUGGAUUCAAAAUCCCGAAAAAUAAUUAUUUUGAAAAGUGUCCCAAAAAUACACACAAUAUUCAUUAUUCAACCUACCUGUUUUUAAAGUGGAAAAAAAAAAACAUUAACAAUUAUCGGUAAUUAUUCUGUUGAUAAACUAAGUAAUUGGCCUUGUUUUCAUCAUCAAUUAAAACCCCCUCAAAGAGCUAAAAGAAGUGUGUCGGUAUCGUUGCAUCUGAAGUGGAGAUCAAAGCGGUAUAGUUGCCAGAGUUUGUCAUGGCAUUACGUCAUGUUUUCGCGCCAUGUGACAUAUCACUGUCUGAUCGUUCCGCCUCGGUUCUUUAAAUUGCUGAGAAGAAAUCAAUAAAAACAGUUUCUUCUUUAAUUUUUUGUUGAAAGCGAAUGUGCAAUAUCCCUUAUUAACUGACAGGUAAAUGUGUCAAACGAUAAUAGUAGAUAUCCUACCUCUGUGACCUAUUUGCCCUCAAGGAAUUUACAUUAUUGUGAGAAGAAUAUCUUACAUAGUGUCGUGUCAAAAACUAAAUGUACAAAGAUUCAUUUAAAACUUAUUAAAAACCACUUCAAAAUUCACCUGUGCCAGCUUAAGGUCAAGGUCACAACUAGAAUGUUUA